UCCCGGCGUCCGAAGCCCGGCUUCCACCACCACCACCACCCAACCGCGGUCUCAGAGACACUGUAGAGGGAGAGUGAGAACACCACCGUCACGUCCACGGCCACCACCAUGAACCACCACCGCCACCAGAAGUCUCUGAAAGUCUCCCUCCCGGCCCGUCAAUCCCGACCAUACUUGCUGUACCCGCCUCUCCUGACCCCAACCCCCACGCCGACGCCUUCCAGUCGCCGCAGCUUCAGCCAACCGGCCGCCGCCACUGCCACCACCACCCCUCUCUUCAUCACCACCUUCCUUUCCACCUUCUCCCUCUACACCCUCCACCCCUUCCUCAACUCCUCCCCAACUCUGUCUGUCCUCCCCUUCUCCUUCCUCCUUACCCUUUCCUCCUCCCUCAUCCUCUCUCUACUUUUCUCUUCGCAGCAUCGUCCCUCCCUCUCCCUUCCCGUCCUCCGCCCCCUCGCCGUCAAGGGGGCCCUCCUCUCUCUCGUCCUUCUCCUUCGCUUCCAGUCGCUCCACGUCGCCGGGCCCGCCGCUACCAUCCUCGCGGACUUCUCUGGUUCCCUCGCCGCCAAGGCUGUCGCCAAUGGGGAUCGCUUCCGAAGGGUUUCUGGUAUCACCUCUCUUCUUCUCGCUCUGCUUGUUCUUGCCUUCGGUUGGGAUCGAACCGAUUGCUUCUCGUCCAGUUAUAUAAAUUGGUAUUCAGAUUCAUUCAAGUGUUUUGGGAUCCUACGGAUUGUUUGCCCCUUCGCUUCGGGUUAUCUGGGGUACUUGGAGCGAUCGAAUUGGGGAUCGCUGAAGCAGCUGGGUAAGAAAGGUGUCCGGUUAUAUUCCCUCUGGUUUGCCUCGGCUUUUCUCUCUCCGUUCGCGUUUGUGAGUUGGUUGCAGGGGAAUUGGGGUUCGGAUGCCGUUAGUUUCGGAGGACUGAUUUGGCCUUUGUUCUGUUCAAUAUUUUUUGGUGUCAUUCUGACUGAAUUGUAUGGCGAAGAGCGUUCAGGGGGUGCUGGAUCUUCGCCUUCACAGAGAAUUUCUGAAAGGGAGUUUUUGGUUCUCUUGUGCUGUACUUGUGUCUUGGAGCUCUUCUACUUCUCUGAGUUUUCUCUGUUUGGUUUCGUAGUAGUUAGCUUUGCACUCUGGGUCGCAGUUAAUGAAUUGGGUCCCGAACUGUCGAAAUCUCCAGAAUUGGGAUCAGGUUCUUCGGAGUCUCUAUUUUCGAUGGUCAUGGGUCCCAUUCGCCACAUUCUGAGUGAAAGGAAAUCAAGAAAGAUUGCUCUGUUUCUUUUGAUUAAUACUCUUUAUAUGUUUGUGGAGUUUAUUGUGGGAUUCAUGAGUAAUAGCCUGGGCCUUAUCUCAGAUGCUUGUCAUAUGUUGUUCGAUUGUGCUGCUCUAGCCAUUGGGCUCUAUGCUUCAUAUAUUUCGCGGUUGCCUGGAAAUUCGCAGUUCAAUUUUGGGCGUGGUAGAUUUGAAGUUCUUUCUGGUUAUGUCAAUGCAGUUUUCCUUGUAUUGGUUGGAGCUCUUAUUGUUGUGGAGUCAUUUGAGAGGAUUCUUGAUCCCCAGGAGAUCUCCACCGGUAGUUUGUUGUCGGUGUCUAUUGGAGGCCUUGUGGUCAAUUUGGUUGGCUUGAUUUUUUUCCAUGAAGAGCAUCAUCAUGCUCAUGGUGGAGCUGGGGCAUGCUCACAUUCUCAUGGGCAUCAUUCCCAUUCCCAUGAACAUGAACAUGGUUGCUCUCACAAGCAUGAUGACCAUAGUAACUGGAGACAUGACCAGUCUGUGACUAAAAGCACAUGUGGUUCCAGAAAUGAUCCUCAUGACGAGAAAAUUUGCAACGUCGCCAGUGACGUUGACCAUCACCAUCAUCAUCAUGACCAUGAUCAGGAAAGAGAAUUCAUGUGUGAGACAAGAAGUUCCAGUCAUCACCAUUGUCAUGAUAAUGAUCACCAUUGUCAUGAUAAUCAUCACCAUGAUCAUCAUCGUCAUGAUAAUCAUCACAUUGAAAGUUCGUUAUAUAGUGGUACUCAAAGUCAUCAGCAGGCCCACAGAAAUAGCAGCAACCUGGAAGACACUUGCACUGAGAAAUCAUGUUCCAGCCAGGGAAAAGGCCACGCACAUGCCCAUUCCCAUGUUCAUGAUAACCAGAGCCAUGUUGGGGUGCAUAAUUUGAAAGUCUCCCAUGGAAAUCCUUCAGAGAAUUGCAUCAUGGUGCAUCCUGAUGCACACUCCCAUUGUUCCUUGCAGCAUAAGCAUUCACAUCCAGGAGAUUUGAACAGUAAUUUGCAGAAAGGGUCCAAGAUGCAUAAUCAUAUCGACCACAAUAUGGAGGGAAUAUUUUUACACGUCCUUGCUGACACAAUGGGGAGCUUAGGAGUUGUAAUUUCAACUCUUCUCAUAAAGUACAAGGGAUGGCUAGCCGCUGACCCUGCUUGUUCAAUAUUUAUUUCAGUCAUGAUAGUAUCUUCUGUGAUACCACUGCUCAGGAACUCUGCCGAGAUAUUGCUUCAAAGAGUCCCCAGAUUUCAUGAAAAGGAAGUAAAAGAAGCCAUUAAUGACGUUAUGAAGCUAAAGGGUGUUUGUGAUAUUCAAAACAUUCAUGUAUGGAGUUUGACAAACACAGAGAUUGUGGGAACCUUCCAUCUUCAUCUAUCUGCUGAAAGUGACAAAGCUACAAAGCAACAGGUUGCUAAUGUCUUGCACCAUGCAGGAAUCAAUGAUUUAACCCUUCAGGUGGAAUAUGUAAAAGGCAAAUAAAGGUUUCGCAUCAAUUUUUUGUUACAUGUACAGACUCCAGUCUGCAGCUUUUUAAAAUUAUUAUUGUUUCAUUCACAUUUGCUGUAGCAAUGUGAAAAUACCAUAUUGCAUCCCACCUGUAGCCUGCACCUGGGAUUUUAGAGGAAUCAGGUAACGAAGCAAUAUUGUCCUAAAGGCUAUACAGCUGACCAAGUAUUCAGUCUCAUUUCUUGAAUUUUCAUGACCUAAUGGAAAUGCUGUAUGGGUCACAUGAGCUAGUCCGCUUGAAUUAUUAGUAGCAGAAAUUUGGCAAAGCCUUCUAUCUGCUGCAUUGUCAUGUACUAUAACAUUAAAUUGCAUCUGCUGCAUCGUUGUGUAACGUUAACAUUAAAUUGCAUCAAAAUUCAUACAAAGAUUUUCUGUGA